UGUCUGAGCAGAAGUAAACAAUCCACAUGUGUGUGAAUGUCAGCUAUCUGCGACGUACAUGCCAUGAAUAGUCGGAUCGAGAUUUCAGCAGGUUUUUUGUGGUGAUUCAGGCUAGGAAUGUUCGCAUAUUUGGUCUGACUUACAUUUUGACAUCCCAGUAAUCAUCAUACUAAAGCAAUCAAGAUGCCUUCCAAGACGUUAUGUGAUCGAGUUAUUCCAACGAACGUGAGAAACAGGGUACAAGAACUUGAAGGAGAUCUGAAUGAUGGACUCAUUACAGAGAAGGGGUAUAUCAAGAAGAAGAGCAAGAUGCUUUUUGAACACAUGUCAUCAGACAUGCAGACAACGUUGAAGGGACUAGAAGACGAGCUUAAGGAUGAAGAAUUGACAGAGAAAGGGUAUGUGAACAAAGUGAAGUCUAUCUUGGCAAAGUUUCUUGAUACCUGCACCCCCAUCAGCAAUGGGGACAUCCAGCAAGAAAACAGCUCCAAAAAGAAACUUAACAAGGAUACUCAGUCCACUGUGAAAAACGGCUCCAGCUCCAUCUCCUCUAAUGGCUCAGGUGACCCCUGCAAAGCCAACGGACAUUCAAAUGGCAGUCAUGUUCGUGCUUCAGAUCAGGAGGGGAAUGGCAGUAGCCAAUCUGAGGAACGUAUGGAGACGGACACUCCCACUUCCGGAAAGGGAGAUUCCAAGAAAAAGAAAAAGAAAGGAAGUCCCGGGGGUAGUGAAGGAGGGAAAGGAAGCAAGAGAAAGGUUUUAGGAGACAGUGACCGGGAAGAAGAGGAAAAGAAGGGAAGAGAAGAAAAUAAAGAGGUGGAAGAGGAGGAGAAGGAGGAGGAGAGUGCCGGUAAAACAACACCAGAUGCAAACACGCCAAGAUCUAGCAAGAGGAAGAGAUCACCCAAAGUGGAUGCAAAGCAACCCAGCAUUAUGUCAAUGUUUACCAAAAAACCAGCAAAGAAGGAGGAGGAGAAGGUAGAAGAGUCUUUAUCCUCAGUAGAUGAGAAUGAAACAAAGAUGGAGAAUGGAGAUGAUGGAAAGAAAGAAGAGGAGGAGGAGGAGCCAAGUGGACCAGGAGGGAAGAGGAUAAAAAAAGAGGAGGAAGAGGAAGAGAAAGCUAACGAUGAACCAAUGUCACCGUCGAGAGACCUACGGCAAAGAUCCAAUAACGAGACAAGUUUUGCUGUAAAGGCAGUUACCAAGCAACCUCCUGUUCGUUGUAAGGAAUGCAGGCAGCCACUAGAUGACCCUGAUCUCAAGCUCUUUCCAGGAGACCCUGAUGAUGCUAGGGAGGAGUAUAUCACCCUGACCGACCCCAGACUCUCCUUAUUGACUGGUGAUGAGGAAGACACUAUGAGCUAUGAUGAGAGACUGCAAUUCAAGAUAACCAACUUCAGUGUCUACGAUAAGAGCACUCACCUCUGUGCGUUUGACAGUGGAUUAAUAGAGAAGAACAAAGAGCUGUAUUUCAGUGGAUACGUCAAACCAAUCUAUGAUGAAAACUCAAGCAUUGAAGGUGGUAUCCCGACCAAGAGGAUGGGUCCAAUCAAUGAGUGGUUUACCACAGGCUUCGAUGGAGGAGAAAAGGCCCUCAUUGGAUUCAGCACAGCCUUUGCGGAAUACAUUGUGAUGAGUCCUAGCGAAGAGUACAAGCCAUUCUGGACGGCCGUUCAGGAGAAGAUCUAUAUGAGUAAGAUACUGAUUGAGUUUCUUCAGAGCACCCAGGAUGCUGUGUAUGAAGAUCUUCUCAGUCAAAUCCAGACAACCGUACCACCGGAGGGAUGCAAUCGCUUCACGGAAGACACUCUCCUGCGCCAUGCACAGUUUGUUGUUGAGCAGGUAGAGAGCUAUGAUGAAGCAGCAGACCUUGAUGAGGUGCUUCUCAUCACCAUGCCCUGUAUGAGGGACCUCAUCAAGCUGGCAGGUGUUACCCUCGGCAAGAGGCGUGCUACCAGGAAAGCCGCAGCAGUCAAGAAAGACAAGAAACCAGUCUUUACCAUGGCGACUGUCACACCCCUUGUGAGUCAUAUCUUUGACGCAAUCUUCAAGGAUCAGAUCGCAGAUGAGAUGAAGGCAGCUGCAAACGAGAGAAAGAAGCGAUGUGGAGUUUGUGAGGUAUGCCAAGCACCAGAUUGUGGCAAGUGUACUGCUUGCAAGGGCAUGAUCAAAUUCGGUGGAAGCGGCAAAGCUAAGCAAGCUUGCAAGGAGAGGAGGUGUCCCAACAUGGCCGUGCAGGAGGCUGAUGAGAAUGACUUUGAUGAGAUGGAUGAUUCUAAUAAGAAUGGGAACAGGGAUGACAAGAAAACCAAGAAGGGUCGCAAGCUAGGAUCCCCACUCAAGAAGAAGAAAAGGGCCAAGGUUACAUGGAUCGGUGAGCCAGAAGAGGUGACCAAAGACCGUGCGUUCUACAAGGCAGCCAUGAUUGACGAUCAGAAGAUUGAGAAUGGGGAUUGUGUUCAGAUUCAUCCCGAUGAUCCAACCAAACCUCUCUUCAUCGCAAGGGUGAUUUACAUGUGGCAGGAUAGCGAUGGAGAAAUGAUGUUCCAUGCACAGUGGUUUGUAUAUGGCUCAGAAACUGUUUUGGGAGAAGCAUCCGACCCUCUUGAACUGUUCCCCAUUGAUGAAUGUCAAGACACCUACCUUGCCUCCGUCAAUGACAAUUGCUCCGUCAUCUACAAAGCCCCCUCACCCGAUUGGUCCAUGUUAGGCGGCAUUGAUGACCCUGAGACAGACCAUGUCAUCAAGGAGGAUGAUGGGAAGACAUUUUUCUACCAGAAGUGGUACGAUCCUGACCUUGCUCGGUUUGAGGACUAUGAGCUUCUGAGCAGACCUGACGAUGUUCCUGCUCAUCGCUUCUGCAGCUGCUGCCUCAAGAUGGAGAGAAUACAAGAGAAAGAAAGCCCAAGACCAGGUACCAAGUUGGAAGAUCAAGAGGAUUCCUCCAGGAUUACAUACAGCUCCUGCCACUUCAAGGGUAAUGAGUUCCAGAUUGGUGACGGUGUCUACCUCCUCCCAGAAGCAUUCUCGUUCAACAUCAAACAGAAAGUUGUUACCAAGAAACCAAUAUCAAAGAAAGAUGUGGACGAGGACCUGUACCCUGAGAACUAUCGUAAACAUUCAGAGUACGUCAAAGGCAGCAACCUGGAGUGUCCCGAACCCUUCCGGAUCGGUAAGAUCGUUGCCAUCUACACAACCAAGUCCAACUCUAAGGUCAAGCUACAGGUCAACAAGCUGUACCGGCCUGAGAAUACUCACAAAGGCAGGACAGCUGCUUACCAAGCUGACCUCAAUGUCCUAUACUGGAGUGAAGAAGAGGCUAUAGUUGAGCUGAGUGAUGUACAGGGUCAAUGUUCAGUGGUCUGUGCAGAGGAUCUCAAUGUCAGUGUAGACGAGUACAGUGCAGGAGGCCCUCACAAGUUCUAUUUUAGAGAGGCCUAUGACAGCAAGAGGAAGUGUUUUGAAGACCCUCCUAGUAAAUCACGCAGUAACAGGAUGAAAGGAAAGGGAAAAGGAAAAGGUAAAGGCAAGGCCAAAGGAAAGACGGAGAAGCAGGAAGAGAAAGAAUCAACCGAUAAUCCUUUCCAGAAACUGAAAUGCCUGGAUGUAUUUGCUGGAUGUGGAGGUCUAUCUGAGGGAUUCCAUCAAGCUGGUAUCUGUGAAUCUAGCUGGGCCAUAGAGAAGGAGGAGCCUGCUGCACAAGCCUUCAGACUCAACAAUCCAGGCUCUACAGUCUUCAGUGAUGACUGUAAUGAGUUACUCAGGCUGGUUAUGCAGGGAGACAAGACAAGUCGUACUGGGCAGAAGUUACCUCAGAAGGGUGAUGUAGAACUCCUAUGUGGUGGACCACCAUGCCAGGGUUUCAGUGGAAUGAACAGAUUCAACUCCAGAGAAUAUUCUAAAUUCAAGAACUCCCUUAUAUCUUCGUACCUGAGCUACUGCGACUACUACCGCCCUCGUUUCUUCCUUCUGGAGAACGUUCGUAACUUUGUGUCAUACAAGAAAAACAUGGUUCUGAAGCUGGCUCUGCGCUGUCUGAUACGCAUGGGCUAUCAGUGUACAUUUGGCAUUCUCCAAGCCGGUCAAUACGGUGUACCGCAGACCAGACGAAGAGCCAUCAUCCUGGCUGCAGCACCGGGCGAGAAGCUUCCCUUCUACCCAGAACCCCUCCAUGUCUUCUCCCCUCGAGCCUGCUCCCUCAGUGUGAUGAUCGGUGAUAAGAAGAUCCAAUCUAACAACCAGUGGUGCCUAUCAGCUCCCUAUCGCACCAUCUCUGUGAGGGAUAGCAUGUCUGAUCUGCCCACAAUCAGCAACGGGGCUCAGAAGUUGGAGAUCUCCUAUGAUGGUGAACCACAAUCAGACUUCCAAAAGAAGAUCCGAGGCAACCAAUACCAGCCAAUCUUACGUGAUCACAUGUGUAAGGACAUGAGCGCUCUCGUAGCUGCUCGUAUGAAGCACAUCCCAUUGGCGCCGGGGUCAGAUUGGCGUGACCUACCCAACAUUCCUGUCCCCCUCAAAGAUGGAACCACGUGUAGGAAACUGCGCUACACUCACAGGGACACGAAGAGCGGCAAGUUGUCCUCUGGUGCUCUGAAAGGGGUAUGCUCCUGUGCAGAGGGGGAGGCGUGUGACCCCUCAGAUCGUCAGUUCAGCACCCUCAUCCCCUGGUGUCUACCUCACACAGGUAACAGGCACAACCACUGGGCGGGGCUGUAUGGACGGUUGGAGUGGGACGGAUUCUUCAGCACCACGGUCACCAACCCUGAGCCUAUGGGCAAACAGGGGCGUGUCCUCCACCCUGAGCAGCACCGGGUUGUCAGCGUGAGGGAGUGUGCACGCUCACAGGGAUUCCCAGAUACCUAUCGCUUCUUUGGUUCCAUCCUGGACAAGCACAGACAGAUUGGCAACGCAGUACCCCCUCCCAUGGCUGCUGCCAUCGGCAUGGAGAUCAAACAAUGUCUUCAAGCUAAAGCAAAGAAAGACCAAGAGAGGCAAGCACUGGAGCCUGUCAAAGAAGAGAUCGAGGAGAGCAUGGAUUAGAUUCUGAGUGCUGGUAAUGAUUCCAGCUUGAUGUACACCUUACACCUGGAGGGUGACAGUAAAGCUGCUAGACUAGAACAGCAGAUUGACCUCUUUAUCACUUUAGAAGAAGUCUGUGUACGCCAUAUUUCAAUAUCAGGAAAAGUAAUAUAAAGCGGAAAGCCCAAGUACUUCCACAUAUCUUCUUAUCACCAGUGAAUUGAUAGCA